AUGGGGAUGUUGCUGACGUUCUGCUACCUGGCGGCGUUCAACUGCUGGCUGCUGCUGUGCCCGGCCACGCUGAGCCACGACUGGCAGAUGGGGUCGGUGCCGCUGGUGGCGCAGCCGGCGGACCCGCGCAACUUGGCCACGGCCGCCUGCCUGGGCUGCGGCGCCGCGCUGCUCUACCGCGGACUCGCCGACCUCGAGCCGCAGCGGCCGCCGGCGGUGCUGCUGGGGGUGCUGCUGCUGACGCUGCCCUUCCUGCCGGCGUCCAACCUCUUCAUCACCGUCGGCUUCGUGCUCGCCGAGCGCGUCCUCUACAUGCCCAGCUUAGGUGGGGUGCUGCUGGUGAGCUACGGCGCGCAGCUGCUGUGGGGCCGGCUCGGCCACCGCGGCCGGCCGCUGCUGGUGGCUGCGGCACUCCUGCUGGCCGCUGCCUUCUGCGGGCGGGCGUUGCUGCGCAACCGCGACUGGCUCUCCAGGGAGACGCUCGCUAGAGCGGGCUUGCGGGCGCUGCCGCACAACGCUAAGAUGCACUACAACCUGGCCAACUUCCUGCGGGAGACGGGGCAGCGGGAGCUCGCCGUGCACCACUACAGGGAGGCGCUGAGGCUGUGGCCGGACUACGCGAGCGCACACAACAACCUGGGCACGCUGCUGGCGGGGGCGGAAGCCGAGGCCCACUUCCUGGCCGCAGUGGGGCUGGCUCCGGCGCACGUGCACGCCCACUACAACCUGGGCCAGCUCUACAGGAGGGAGAACCGCAGCGCGGAGGCGGUGCGCGUGCUGGAGCGCUGCGCGCGGCUCGACCCCGGCUACCUGCCGGCGCAGCGGCUGCUGGCGCGCCUCUACACCGAGGCCGGCGACCGCGGCAGCGCGGGUAGCCUGCUCGCCAGGCUGGCGCUGUCUCCGCCCACCACCGCCGACCGACUCGCGCUCUACGCCGCCUGGCUGCACGAACAGGGUCGUUGCUGGGAGUCUCUGCAGCUGUUCCGGAGGGCGCUGCGGCUGGAGGCGGGCCACGGGCCGUCGCUGCUGGGGGCCGCCAGAGCGCUGCGGGGGCUGGGGCAGCUGGUGCGCCUGCGCGUACUGCUCACCAGGUACCCGCACUCAGAAUUACUUGGAGAAAUGCAUGAUACGUGGUAA